AUGGCCAACGAGAUAGCGGAUACACAGCCUACGACCCAAAGUCAGAUGCAGUCCCAGUGUACGCUGUUGGAGAGUCAACCGCCGGAGCUGCCGAUCUAUGGACGGCUUUGCGCCAAAAACAUCCAAAUUAAAAGCCUCGGUACUAAAAAUCCAAUUUCCUGCGUUACUCGUGAAUCGUCCAAUAGCUACGAUCUUCAUGAUGGCGAGUUCGCGAUGGGUCGAGACGAGGGGAAAUGUGACUUGGUUCUCACGAAAGAACAUAUGCCUGAGUCCAAGUUGUCUCGCGUUUCGAAUGUACAUUUUACCAUCACAAAAGGUUCCGACAUCACUGCGCCCGUCUACAUAACUGACCAUUCGAGAAACGGAACAUUUAUUAACAAUGCACGUAUUGGAAAAAAUCGGCAACACAUUCUCAAACACGACGAUGUGAUUUCGAUCUGUUUCCCGAAUUUGAGAGCUUUCGUCUACCACGACCUCCGCCACAAUGAAGCGGAGAGCAAGAUGCCGAAGGAGGUGCAAGAAACCUACUACAUCGAGCGGCAACUAGGAUCUGGAGCAUGCGGAACGGUUUUUCUUUUGCACCACCUCCGCAGCUGUCAGCAGUUUGCUAUGAAACACGUCGUCAAGAACAGGAUCUCCCAACAAACGCGACAGCGAGCAGGGAUCUUAAACGACCCGCAGCGCGUCAUGAACGAAGUCAGCAUAAUGAAAAAGCUCAAUCACCCCUGUGUUAUCAAGAUGCACGAUAUCUUUGAUAACCCGGAUUCCGUCUGCAUGGUGCUCGAGUACAUGAGUGGCGAUCUACUGUCGCGCAUUGUCCGGCACAAGAAAUUGUCCGAGAAAACGAGCAAACUCUACUUCCUUCAGAUGUGUCACGCCGUGGGCUACCUGCACAAACAAGGAAUAACACAUCGUGAUUUGAAACCGGACAACAUUCUGCUGCUAGACGAUCGAGAGCGCACGCUGCUGAAGGUGUCUGACUUUGGGCUCAGCAAGUUCGUCGACAAAAACUCCAUGAUGCGCACACUCUGCGGCACGCCACUGUACGUCGCACCGGAGAUACUGCAGACCAAUGGUAGCGGCAGUUACACGCGCAAGAUAGAUAUCUGGAGCAUGGGCGUUGUGCUUUUUACGAUGUUGAGCGGUAAUGUGCCGUUUUCCGACGAUUUUGGAACCCCGGCGAUCGAACAGAUUAAGCGUAGCAAGUUCUCCAUGCGCUCAUCGUCGUGGAAGGGAGUUUCGUCGAAGGCCAAAAAACUUAUUUUCGAAAUUUUAAAUGUUAACGCGAAGCAACGUCCAUCAAUCGAGGAUCUCAUAAACAGCAUCUGGUUGCGUGACCCGGUUGCGAUUGCCGAUGCGGAACAAUUGAUGGGGCAGUCGUUGGCACUGGAAGAACAACCCAGAACCACAUCGGAUGUUGAAAACGACAGUGCGGGGCCGAGCCGAGCCAUGCAACAACCGCCCAGUAAACGCCAGCGAGUCGGGCAAGUUUGA